AUGUCGGAAGAAGAAUUUUUGGUGAGUUUAAUUUGAUUGAUAAAAUAUAAUUUAAAAUAUCUAAUCAAUACUUAUUCAAUUGUUUUUUUCUUUAUACAUAUAUACUUUACUUAUAAUUUAUAUUAGGGAUGUUUUGGGUACCAUUAUUUAUUAACAAAUGGGUUACCGAGUAGUCAUCGGGUACAGAAUAUGAUAUUGAGUACUCAGUUAGGACUCAAUGGCCGGGUACCCAGAAUAUCUCUAAUAAUUAUAUUGUUAAAAUUAUAAUAUUUUAAAUGCAAGAUUUUUGGUGAAUUUAUAUAUGUUUAUGUUUAUAUGAUAAAGGUAUAUUUACCUAUUUGCAGUGAUUAAAGUUAGGAGACAGAGAGGAAGAAGUCUCCCUUAUUUUUAAGUCUUCUAAGUCAGUGGUCUUCAACCUUUUUGAACUCACGACCCACAUUUUUAAGCGUACAUUAUCCGUAACCCAUAUAAGGCAUACUUAAAGAAAAACGUUUGUGGAACAACUAAAAAAGAAAAAUUUAAAGUUACUUAAUACUUAGUAGUGGUACUGUUAUAACUGAAUAAAUAAAAAUAAAAAAAACUUUAUCGUACAUUUGACUAGAAUAAUAAUGCGACUAAUAUUUAUUCCUCUUUAAACACAGCGACAAAAUCAACUAUGUUCCUAGAUUAUGGGACUCUUUAACAAUAAUAAUAUAAUAUAUUUGUUUUAUUAUUAACCAUGUUUACUCGUAAAUUAUUAUAUUUAAUGUCAUACUACGUAGAAUCAUACUAGUAUAUGAAUCAUACACUAUGAUUUGAAAUCUAUUAUACUAUUAUAUUUUUGAAUAUAAACUAUAUAAUAUUGAUUAUACAUAAUAUAUUACAAGGUAUACAAAACCUUAUAUAAUUGUAUAAACCUAAUUUUUAUUUUAAAAAAAAACUUAUCGCAACCCAACAGUUGAAGAUCACUGUUCUAAGUCUAAGGGGAAACUUUAUAGUCUUCUUAUUAAGAAUAAUUCAAGUAAAUACAUAUCUAUUCAGAGCUAUUGACUUAGCCACUUAGCCACAUGCAAGUAGUAACUAAGUAAUACAAGACAAUGAUGCCAGCCUUACUGGUGAGGCUAUAGAAGGAACUGUCUGUUUUUAAAUCCUUAUCGGUAAACUUAUAAUAGUCAUGUCAACAACCCGGAACAUCUCUAAUGAUUAUAUUGUUAAAAUUGUAAUAUUUUAAAUGCAAAAUUUUUNACAACUCGAUAAUGCAAUAUAAAUUCUUUUUUCGCUUGGUCAGUUGCAGGCACAUAUUAAAUAAUUAUUUACCAUAGAAUAGCGGUUCUCAAUCUUUUCAUAUACGCAUACCAUUAGGAAUUUUGAAAAUAUUUCAUGUACCACUUGCCAUGAUUAUUAUGAUUUUUUUUUUACUUGUCAACAAAUUUCUUCCUGUACCUAUGAGUUGUCCACAUAACAUUAGUGGUAUGCAUACAACAGGUUGAAUACCACUGCUAUAGAUUAUAAUUUGUAAUAUGAAUAAAUAUGAUAUAGUGUCAAGUGAUUUUUUUGUUAUUAGAAAAUACUGUAUAUUUGGGUGCCUUAAAAGUUGUCUUACUUAAUGAGUUAUAUUAAAAAUUGUUAUGCUGUGUCCAGACUAAGAAAUCUUUUAUAAAUGUUCAUUGAACAUCUAAAAUAUUAAACAGACAUGUUUGGUAGGUGUACCUGUUUAAAAAUCAAUUUUUUUGUCAAUUAUCUCAAUAUUUGCUCAUUAGUUGAACAAUAUUGCCUUUUAUAUUUUUGGAAAUCUAUUUAUUUCAUUAAAUAUCGAAUUGUUAUAAACAAAAUUAAUAAUAUUUUUUAAAUAAGAAUCUAUAAAAUUAUUAAUUAAUAAAAUAUAAAAUUGAGAGAUGUAGGUAAUUACAUACUUGAAAGUCCUAAAUUACUCCAAUUAAUAAAAUAAUUAAUAUUUACUACUGUUUUCAGAAAGGACGACAAUUAAUCACACAUUUAGAACUAAUACAAUAUAAAUUUUUCAAUGGCAGACAAGAAUGGACAACAAUAGAGUACAAGGAUCUAAAAUUGUACAUAGCUUUCAUAAUGUAUGGCUCUCCAUCUGUAGAAGAUGAUGAUGACAAUUUAGAGGAACCUGAUGAUAUAUUUAAUCAUUAUGAAACAGAAGAAAAGAGAUAUAUUUUAGAUGUCUAUAAAACUGUUGUAGAUAAUAUUGUUAAAUCAAAAAAACCUAUUGAAGUGGGUAUUACUUUUACUCAUAGUACUUGCAAAAAAAAGUGUGAAGUCUGUUGGAAUUUCCCCGCUAACAAUAUUCACCAAUGGUAUCUAUUCAGAAUUAAAACUGUUGAUGGUGCAGCUUAUAUUGAUCUGAAUAAUAAAAGAACAUAUGCAAAUUGGACAGAUUAUUUAGAAAAUAAUAAUCUUCCCAAAGGAAUAAUGUUUUACCCACCAUCAGGGUAUUAUGAAGAAUCCAAAUGUUUGGAACAUACCUUAACACCUGCAUCUAAAAUAAUUUCAAAAACUCUAAAAAAAAUAGACACAGUUGGAAAUGUAGUAAAUGUAGUAUCUAAUGUAUGUAUGGCUGGAGGGAUUGCUUUUCCAAUAUUUGCACCUCUCUUGAUACCAUCAACAAUAAUUAGCAUAAUUUCUAACACGUUUACAGUAACCAGAUCAGUUGAGAAAAUAGUAGACUUAAAAAAGCAUAAUGAAAAAUGGUUAGGAACCGAACAUUUGACAAAUUUAACAAUUUCUUUACUCAGUACUGUAACCACUAUAGGCAGUGGAAUAAAAUUAAUGUCAGGAUUAAAAAGUUCAAAAAUGCUGUUUUCCAGAUUGGGAAGUGCUACUAUAAAAACAUUUACAACUAUUAAUAGUGGUAUAUGUAUCUUAGAGUGCACUUUGGAAGUCAUGAGGUUGUCAAUGAAGAUUAAAAAUAAAAAAAAACUAACAAUUAAGGACUUUAUGUUCUUAC